AUGGCUGUUUCCAAGUCUCUCCUUACACUACUUGCAGCCGCCCCAUAUGCCUCCGCUUGGGGCUCGCUGGGCCAUACAGCAGUCGCCUACAUGGCACAAAACUUUGUCUCGAACAAGACUGCCAAAUUCGCUCAAGACCUCUUGGGCGACAGUUCGUCUGCGUAUCUAGCCAACGUUGCCACGUGGGCUGAUAGCUACCGCAGUGAGAAGGGAGGCCAAUUCUCCGCCGUCUACCACUAUCUUGAUGCGCUGGACAAUCCACCGGAAAGCUGCAACGUGGACUUUGAUCGGGAUUGUCCAGAAGAAGGCUGCAUUGUAUCCGCCCUUGCCAACUACUCUAGCCGCGCCUUUCAAAGCUCAGUCGGGUCCACCGAGCAGCAAAAAGCCCUAAAGUGGAUCAUUCACUUUGUCGGCGACAUGCACCAACCGCUACACGUCGAGAAUCUUGCGGUGGGGGGCAACCUUAUCAACGUCACCUUCAACGGCGUCUCAACAAACCUUCAUUCCAUCUGGGAUACAGCUAUUCCACAAAAGGCGUAUGGGGCCUUCUCACAGGCCACUGCACUCGCAUUGUCGAACAACCUUACGGCGGAGGUCAAGAAGGGAAAGUUCAUGGCGGAGAGCAAGCAGUGGCUGGCAGGUUUGAAGGCGACUGAUGCUAUCAACAGCUCCAUGACAUGGGCGCGGGACACCAACGCUUUCGUCUGCAGCACCGUCAUUCCCAAUGGUCCCGAUGCCGUCUUCGCUCAAGAACUGUCAGGGGCGUACUAUAAUUCCGUGAUUCCCGUCGUCACCAAGCAGCUUGCCAAAGCUGGAUACAGGCUUGCGGCUUGGUUGGAUGCACUCGUUGAAUUGAAUGAAAAGGGGGCUCUCAGCCAGCGAGCGUGGGAGCGGAAGCCAAGGCGGGAGAUUAAGUUGCAGCCCUGGCAGGAGCAGGCAAAGCAGGCACGACGCGACUUUGGCCUAGAUUGUGGAUGCGGCGAGGACCAUGCCCACUAAGUUAGCCUUUGACUAAUUGGUAUAGACAUGUGCAGAUCAUCCUGUUAGAUUUCACAUGUACACGAUAAGACGACGCAAAUCAAAUGUUGUAAU